AUGUUUUCACUCGUGACUAAAUCUGCUCUGGACAGAGAGACGCAGCCUCAGUACGAAGUGACUGACCACAGUCUGUUUGGCUUGGACCGCUACACAGGACAGAUCAGGACACUUCGCUCAUUCACAGAGACAGACGAGGCCCAGCACAAACUCGUCAUACUGGUCAAAGACAAUGGCAACGUGUCGCUCUCAGCUACAGCUACUGUGCUUGUCAAAGUGGUGGAGGCCAGAGAGGCGUCUGCAGCUUCUGACGUGAAGAGCUCCGCUAAAGACGCUGAGGACACUAAUUGCUCCAAGUCCAGAACUGACUACACCUCCAAGUACUUACAAGACACAAACUAUGACGGGACUCUGUGCCACAGCAUCCAGUACAGAUCUGGAGACAAGCGCUACAUGUUAGUGGGACCCAGAAUGAGCGUAGGCUCCACUAUAGUCCCAGGGAGCCAAGCCAACACACUAGUGCUGCCGGACAGGAGGAGGCCCUCUGAGGAGGAAGUGACUGACCACAGUCUGUUUGGCUUGGACCGCUACACAGGACAGAUCAGGACACUUCGCUCAUUCACAGAGACAGACGAGGCCCAGCACAAACUCGUCAUACUGGUCAAAGACAAUGGCAACGUGUCGCUCUCAGCUACAGCUACUGUGCUUGUCAAAGUGGUGGAGGCCAGAGAGGCGUCUGCAGCUUCUGACGUGAAGAGCUCCGCUAAAGACGCUGAGGACACUAAUGUGACUUUUUACCUGAUGAUAACUCUGGCCUCGGUCUCAGCUCUGUUCAUCAUCAGUAUCAUUGUGCUGAUUGCAAUGCAGUGCUCCAAGUCCAGCACUGACUACACCUCCAAGUACUUACAGGACACAAACUAUGACGGGACUCUGUGCCACAGCAUCCAGUACAGAUCUGGAGACAAGCGCUACAUGUUAGUGGGACCCAGAAUGAGCGUAGGCUCCACUAUAGUCCCAGGGAGCCAAGCCAACACACUAGUGCUGCCGGACAGGAGGAGGCCUUCUGAGGAGGAAGUGACUGACCACAGUCUGUUUGGCUUGGACCGCUACACAGGACAGAUCAGGACACUUCGCUCAUUCACAGAGACAGACGAGGCCCAGCACAAACUCGUCAUACUGGUCAAAGACAAUGGCAACGUGUCGCUCUCAGCUACAGCUACUGUGCUUGUCAAAGUGGUGGAGGCCAGAGAGGCGUCUGCAGCUUCUGACGUGAAGAGCUCCGCUAAAGACGCUGAGGACACUAAUGUGACUUUUUACCUGAUGAUAACUCUGGCCUCGGUCUCAGCUCUGUUCAUUAUCAGUAUCAUUGUGCUGAUUGCAAUGCAGUGCUCCAAGUCCAGCACUGACUACACCUCCAAGUACUUACAGGACACAAACUAUGACGGGACUCUGUGCCACAGCAUCCAGUACAGAUCUGGAGACAAGCGCUACAUGUUAGUGGGACCCAGAAUGAGCGUAGGCUCCACUAUAGUCCCAGGGAGCCAAGCCAACACACUAGUGCUGCCGGACAGGAGGAGGCCCUCUGAGGAGGAAGUGACUGACCACAGUCUGUUUGGCUUGGACCGCUACACAGGACAGAUCAGGACACUUCGCUCAUUCACAGAGACAGACGAGGCCCAGCACAAACUCGUCAUACUGGUCAAAGACAAUGGCAACGUGUCGCUCUCAGCUACAGCUACUGUGCUUGUCAAAGUGGUGGAGGCCAGAGAGGCGUCUGCAGCUUCUGACGUGAAGAGCUCCGCUAAAGACGCUGAGGACACUAAUGUGACUUUUUACCUGAUGAUAACUCUGGCCUCGGUCUCAGCUCUGUUCAUCAUCAGUAUCAUUGUGCUGAUUGCAAUGCAGUGCUCCAAGUCCAGCACUGACUACACCUCCAAGUACUUACAGGACACAAACUAUGACGGGACUCUGUGCCACAGCAUCCAGUACAGAUCUGGAGACAAGCGCUACAUGUUGGUGGGACCCAGAAUGAGCGUAGGCUCCACUAUAGUCCCAGGGAGCCAAGCCAACACACUAGUGCUGCCGGACAGGAGGAGGCCCUCUGAGGAGGAAGUGACUGACCACAGUCUGUUUGGCUUGGACCGCUACACAGGACAGAUCAGGACACUUCGCUCAUUCACAGAGACAGACGAGGCCCAGCACAAACUCGUCAUACUGGUCAAAGACAAUGGCAACGUGUCGCUCUCAGCUACAGCUACUGUGCUUGUCAAAGUGGUGGAGGCCAGAGAGGCGUCUGCAGCUUCUGACGUGAAGAGCUCCGCUAAAGACGCUGAGGACACUAAUGUGACUUUUUACCUGAUGAUAACUCUGGCCUCGGUCUCAGCUCUGUUCAUUAUCAGUAUCAUUGUGCUGAUUGCAAUGCAGUGCUCCAAGUCCAGCACUGACUACACCUCCAAGUACUUACAGGACACAAACUAUGACGGGACUCUGUGCCACAGCAUCCAGUACAGAUCUGGAGACAAGCGCUACAUGUUAGUGGGACCCAGAAUGAGCGUAGGCUCCACUAUAGUCCCAGGGAGCCAAGCCAACACACUAGUGCUGCCGGACAGGAGGAGGCCCUCUGAGGAGGUAAGAGUCAAGUAA